GCGUGAGUGCAUCUCUCGGCCAAGGUCAUUGUCAAUGAGGCACUGGUCGGUGGAAACGAACGCCUGCGAAAGGGAGAGCCAGAGAAUAUGCUGCGGCGCAAAUGGGGAAUCAUUAUGCUCUCCUUCUUCUCCUUCCCUCGCUAAUUAAUUAGCUUCACCUCCUCUCCUCUCCUCACCUCAUCUCGCCUGCUUUCGUGCCAUGGCGACGGGGAAGGGCAAGGAAGGCGACUGGGACUGCGCCGGCUGCCGCAACCGCAACUACGCCUUCCGCUCACUCUGCAACCGCUGCAAGCAGCCGCGCGUUCUCGUCGACACCAACACCCCCGCGCACUCCAAAUGGCUCCCCCGCAUCGGCGACUGGAUCUGCUCCGGCUGCAGUAACAACAAUUAUGCAUCAAGAGAACAAUGCAAAAAGUGUGGCCAAUCCAAGGAAGAAGCCGCAAUGCCAGCUAUUGCAUUGCCUGGGUCAGUACUGCCAGCUUAUGCACAUUAUAUUUCGAUGCUACAAGGACUAUAUGGGUCACAGACCGCAUUUACUGGCAAUCGAGGCAUUCAGCCACUUCUACCCAGUUCAAGUUGGCUGCUUGGGGCUGAAAGUAAACUUGGGAUGCAAAUGGCUCCUAAUUUCUCCUCAAUCCAAAAUGUGAGUGGUGAAUAUCCAUUUUCAAGCACUACGUCUCAGCUUCUUCCAACCCCAAAAGGCUGGCGUAGUGGUGAUUGGAUAUGUGAUUGUGGUUUCCAUAACUAUUCUUCACGGUCUGAGUGCAAGAAAUGCAAUAUGCCAUUACCAUCUGCUGUUUCCUCGGUCGACACCUCUACAGUUUCAGAUAUGUUUUCAACUUUGGGUACAAAACGCCCUGCAUCUGAAGAAUUUUCAAUUGUCUGGGAUAGCAAAAGACUCAAUGCAGGAAAUACAUUUGAGCAACCAGAAAGUUACAGUUAUGAUCAAUCGGCUGGAAGGCAUGCUAAAUAUCACAGUGAAGAUUUUGCACUCAGGUCCUUGCAAAUGAACAUUCAUUCUUUGCAACAAAGAGCUGUGCCAACUCUUAUUGGAAAAGGGGCAAAUCAAUGGCGUGAUGGGGAUUGGAUGUGCAAUAAUUGCAACAAUCAUAAUUUUGCUUCUCGUUCAAGUUGCAACAGGUGUAAAACACGGAAGGAAGCAGCUAUCCUUCCUGUAAGUGUCACAUAGAGUUUUUUUUCUCCCAUGUGUGUGUGUGUUUUGUGGUUUAGAGCUUGAGAAAGAAUGGUACUUCAUCAUUCAGUGUAAUUUGGUGUAUGCGUGAGCAAAGUCUGUUCCCAUUUUUUGCUUGCUGGUUUUUCGAUGCAUACGAAACCAGCUCAUGGUGCUCGAUGUUGUUUUCUCGAGCAAAAACAGUCACUUCUCUUUUUUGAUCAAACAUGGACACCAAACGUAGCCAUGAUUGACGAUGUGUUUCAUAUCAGGGUAAAUUUUUUAGUUUGAGCUCUUAAAAAGAUAGAUUGGGUUGUCAGUUUAGAUCA